AUGCCGGUACUUUCAAUCUUUUCGCUUCAUUAUAUUCAUGCAUUCAUUUUUCAUUUAACUAAACUGCUCAAGAAUCCUCAUUUAGGUAUAUGGGUCUUAGAUCACGAGUUUGAGGGUUCCCAAUGCAAGAAAAAGAUGGUAAGCAGAGAUAAUUUAAUUGACUGUUUUAAGCGAGGGGAUAGAGUCCCUUCCCAGUUUACUUAUCCAUGGGAGUCUGUAACUGAGAGAACUUGUUCUAAUGUGCAUAUGGUGCCUGAUUUUGAGAGAAAUUCUUUUCCGUGUCUAGUGAAGGUGAGUAUGAUCUUUUUAUUUCGUUUUAGAUAUAUGAAUGACUCUAUAGAGUCUGAAUUGAAGCUGAAUGAUGUUUUUGAGAUUAUUGGCGUUCUUAUUUUUGAUCUAGAGAUUACAACAAACAAAGAUGAUUCUGAUGAGUCACUGAAUGGUUUUUCUGAAGAUGCAUUGGUUCAUCUGCCUCGUAGAAAGGUUGUUUUACUUAUUCCUUGGAUAUAUAGGAAUACCAUUUUUUUAUGUUGUCUGGAUUCAAUAAAAAUCCAAAACGACAGUCCUUAG